CGCAGAUUCAAUUCGUCCAGACGUGACAACAAAUGUUAUCAGCAUUGGAGGAAAUGGUCCACUGAUGAAAUGGCCACUGCUUUGGCAUCUACAUCAUUUUGAUAAGAUAAACACUAACAUCAAAAAGCUUUUGCUAUCGUCUCAUAUAAUUGAAACAUCAAAACUGAAGUCUUAAAAUGCCGGUAAGUGGGCUCUUUUUAUUUCGCUGUUUUUGUGUUUUUCAGAGGGGUUCCUCCCUUCCUCCACCCUGAAUUAUGUGAUGCUAACGUUAGUUUAGCUAACUACCUUACCUAGCUAGUUUCGUUUUGGGAUUUGGUUGAGUUCGCUAACUAAUGCUAUUUUCAACCUGUUUUAGACAGUGUCAUUAUAUUUGAUAGAGAUGCAGCCAUAGACAUUAAAACCAGGAUGCAGCAAGGGCGUCUAGUUAGCCAAGUUGUUGUGUUAACUACGAUUAUUCGUUGUGCAUAGCGAUGCAGCAGCUGGUUAUUUAACAUGCUAACAUUAGCUAGUUUGCUUGCCUAGCAACAGCAAGCGUUUGCAUGUAAUACAUUGCAGAUUAGCUAGCCAGCCAACUAGCUAGCUAGUUAUCUACGUGCACGCAAGUAUUGAUUGUCCAUCCAUUGAACUAGCAACUAGUUAUUUCAAAUAUCUUGACAGUUAAUUAGCUAACUAACAAUGUUAGCUUGCUAACUGGAUUCAUUGAAGUUAGCCAGCCAGUUUAAUCUCUCCCUCUGCUGUGGUGAGAUUAAUAACGUUAGCUAUGAGCGUGUUUUCAUGUUACAUUACAUUACAUCAUGCUGAGGCAUCGGCUCUGAAAUCAUGUAGCUACUAGGUGGCUGGCAUCAUGCAUAGAUAUUCCCCCUUGCAGAGCAACAAGAUGGACAAAUCUGACAAGCCGGAGGUCAUGGACAACGUCAAAGUGGUUGUGCGAUGUCGCCCGCUGAACCAGAAGGAGAGGAGUAUGGGCCACAAGCAGGCCGUCAGUGUGGAUGAGAACCGAGGGACCAUAACCGUCAACAAACUAGAGACCCCCCACGAACCCCCCAAGACCUUCACAUUUGACACAGUGUUCGGACCAGACAGCAAACAGCUAGACGUUUACAAUCUGACAGCCCGCCCCAUCAUAGACUCAGUAUUAGAGGGUUACAAUGGUAAGUGGAGAGAGGAUCUGAAUGACAGAAAUGCUUUGUCCAUUUACUGUUGCUGACACACCAUGCAAAACGACACAAUUGCAUGUAUUGACUGACUGAGACUGAUAGGCCUAUUAUCAGAUAGCUUUUGUGAAUUCCCUUUCAGCAUAGCCCCAAUUGUUUAUAAGUGGUAGCCUACAUUCAGAUGUAGUGAUGUGUGUAUUCAGAUUAGGAGUGUUGCUGUUUCAUCCACCACGUAGGUGCGGUUUCCCGGACACAGAUUAAGCCUAGUAGAGAUUCUCCAUUGAGCAUGCUUUUUAGUCCCAGGACUAGGCUCAAUCUCUGCCUGGGAAACCGCCUCUUAAUGUUUUAAUACUGAGCCUGUGUUUUCUCCAGGGACCAUCUUUGCGUACGGACAGACAGGGACAGGAAAGACGUUCACCAUGGAGGGAGUGAGGGCAGUACCAGAGCUCCGAGGAAUAAUCCCCAACUCCUUCGCUCAUGUGUUCGGACACAUCGCCAAAGCAGAGGGCGACACCCGGUAAGGACAUUAACACAAACAGGCAAAACAAUAAAACAAUACUGGUUUAUUGCCAGGCAAUUGUUUGAUGCAACAUGAUAAGACUGACUUGACUUAUUCGUUUCAGCCCCUAGGGGAGCAAAAGGCCUCAAUCAAACAACACUGGCUAAGACACUUGGUUGGAGUCAAUGUAAACAGAAAAACGCUUAGGCCUACCAUAAAAAAAGACAGGCACUGUUUUUUGACAUGCUUGCUGCUCACAGUCUCUCAGUUUGAGGUUGAUCUGAAAUAAGUAUCAUCCUCUCAUCCGCAGGUUCUUAGUUCGCGUCUCUUAUCUGGAGAUUUACAAUGAAGAAGUGAGGGAUCUGCUGGGGAAGGACCAGAUGCAGAGGCUGGAGGUUAGAGGAUGUUUCAUAUGAUACGAUACGCUUCUCAGAAUAAACAUCCCGUUCAUUUAGCAAGAAGUAGCUGUACGAAGCAGCUGUAGAUAUGAAGAAAAUGACCCCUAAUUAUGACCAUUAAUUAGAUUAACCAUAUAAGAAACAAAACACUGGCGCUAGCUUCAUAGGUAGCAGCUUCUUGGUUUGAUUUGAUUUGAAGACCACAGUGACCAAACGAUAAAGAUGAACAAUGGUUGUUUGGUUCCUAGAAGGACACAACGGGACGUUACACAACACUAGGGGACCAGAAAGAGAACUAGAGGUGAUUGCUUUAUCAUAACUAAUCUCCAUUGGUGGAUGUGGAGAUGAGAUCACAAUAACCAAAUCAAUAAUACAUCAAUGUUAUUGGUUCCUGAAAGGAGAGAACAGGACAUAGCACAUGAGUAUGGGAUGUUCUCUGUUAAGGGGACUAUAGACGAUUACCCUUCUCAUAAUUCAGUUCUUAGGUUUCUAAUGCAGAUGAGCAUGAUAACGUUGUUGGUUCCCAGGAGGGAACUUAAAAUAUUAAUGCAUAAUAAGAAUUAGAGAGUGUUGCCUGCUACUAACUCGUGUCAUUGGUUUGUGUCUGUGUGACCGCCAGGUGAAGGAGAGGCCAGAUGUGGGUGUUUACAUCAAGGACCUGUCUGGUUAUGUGGUGAACAACGCUGAUGACAUGGACAGGAUUAUGACAAUGGGGCACAAGAACCGUAAAGUUUCACAUUAAGCAUUUCUAAGUGUUCUAAGCAUUAUAAUUCAUGAGCAUGUAUACCAUUUGCCAGGCCCCCUCACAAAAUAGGUUUCUAACCUCAAGGGUCUUUACCUGGUUAAAUAAAGGUUACAACACACUCAUGGACGUUACUAUGAAGUGUGACCAAGAAAAUGCAAUCUGAUGAGUUUUUUAUGUUUCUGAAUGUGUUCUUUCUUCCCACCCAGGCUCGGUUGGCUCCACCAACAUGAAUGAACACAGCUCUCGUUCUCAUGCUAUCUUCACCAUCACCAUCGAGUGCAGUGAGAAGGGAAUGGAUGGAGACCAGCACGUGCGCAUGGGAAAACUCCACUUAGUGGAUCUGGCGGUAAGGAAGUCACAUGAACAUUUACUAAAAUAGUUUAACUCAACAGAUGGAAUCUCCCAUAGAGGAAACUUUUUCAGGAGUAAGCAAAUUAUUGGUGACUCGGUACCUGUUUUUUAAAAGUUUUUUUCGAUAGAAUAACCUAAUCUGUAUAGAUUACCAUCAUACAUUUCUCUGCUUAGGGUAUUCUUAGUCUCUGCAAUGGCAAUUAUAAUUUGAAUUCCAAUACAGGACUUUUGUGAACAUUUUGACUCCAGUUAUACAUUUUUAAAGGCCGCUAAGUGAUGUCAGUAAGGCCAGUUGAGCAUGUUCUUAUCAGAUUCAGAUUCAACAUUUAUUGUCCAUUUUUGUGGAAUAGAAAUGUGUCGUUGACUUUAUAAGGCAUGUGGCUCACACAUAGCAAACAGACAGAAAACAUAAAAACACCAGUUAAUCCCCCCAGCACACUGUACCCUCUCCCCCCCCCAGGGUUCUGAGCGUCAGGGGAAGACGGGAGCGACGGGCCAGCGGCUGAAAGAGGCCACUAAGAUCAACCUGUCUCUGUCCACGCUGGGUAACGUAAUCUCAGCCCUGGUGGACGGGAAGAGCACCCACGUCCCCUACAGGAACUCCAAACUCACCCGCCUGCUGCAGGACUCACUGGGGGGAAACUCCAAGACCAUGAUGGUAACUAACAACACUUCCUGCUUUUACUUCCUCCUGCUUUAAUGCUAUGGGUACACUCAAAAUGGCUGCCUGUACACCCAUUAUGGCAUCAUUGACUUAAUUGUGUCGGCCUGUUCUACUCAUUCUAGUUCUGUGUUGCAACCCAAUUAGUAUCAAUGGUAGCAAUGACUCACUAGUUUUAAUGUCACAUGCACAAGUACAGUGAAAUGCCUUUCUUGUAAACUCAAAACCCCACAAUGCAACAAUCAAUAACAAUGGAAUACUAGAAAAAACACUCACGAGAAAUAAGAAGAAAUAUGAAGAACACAAUAAGUAAGAAAGCAACUAUAUAGAGGGUCAGUUCCAAUAGCAUAUUUACAAUGUGCAGAGAUACUGGAGUGAUGGUAGAUAUGUAUAGGGGUAAGGUGACUAAAUACAGUGAGGGGAAAACAUUAUUUGAUCCCCUGCUGAUUUUGUACAUUUGACCACUGACAAAGAAAUUAUCAGUCUAUAAUUUUAAUGGUAGGUUUAUUUGAACAGUGAGAGACAGAAUAACAACAACAAAAUCCAGAAAAACGCAUGUCAAAAAUUUUAUACAUUCAUUUGCAUUUUAAUGAGGGAAAUAAGUAUUUUACCCCCUCUCAAUCAGAAAGAUUUCUGGCUCCCAGGUGUCUUUUAUACAGGUAACGAGCUGAGAUUAGGAGCACACUCUUAAAGGGAGUGCUCCUAAUCUCAUUUUGUUACCUGUAUAAAAGACACCAGUCCACAGAAGCAAUCAAUCAGAUUCCAAACUCUCCACCAUGGCCAAGACUAAAGAGCUCUCCAAGGAUGUCAGGGACAAGAUUGUAGACCUACACAAGGCUGGAAUGGGCUACAAGACCAUCGCCAAGCAGCUUGGUGAGAAGGUGACAACAGUUGGUGCGAUUAUUCGCAAUUGGAAGAAACACAAAAUAACUGUCAAUCUCCCUCGGCCUGGGGCUCCAUGCAAGAUCUCACCUCGUGGAGUUGCAAUGAUCAUGAGAACGGUGAGGAAUCAGCCCAGAACUACACGGGAGGAUCUUGUCAAUGAUCUCAAGGCAGCUGGGACCACAGUCACCAAGAAAACAAUUGGUAACACACUAUGCCGUGAAGGACUGAAAUCCUGCAGCACCCGCAAGGUCCCCCUGCUCAAGAAAGCACAUAUACAGACCCGUCUGAAGUUUGCCAAUGAACAUCUGAAUGAUUCAGAGGAGAACUGGGUGAAAGUGUUGUGGUCAGAUGAGACCAAAAUCGAGCUCUUUGGCAUCAACUCAACUCGCCGUGUUUGGAGGAGGAGGAAUGCUGCCUAUGACCCCAAGAACACCAUCCCCACCGUCAAACAUGGAGGUGGAAACAUUUGGGGGUGUUUUUCUGCUAAUGGGACAGGACAACUUCACCGCAUCAAAGGGACAAUGGACGGGGCCAUGUACCGUCAAAUCUUGGGUGAGAACCUCCUUCCCUCAGCCAGGGCAUUGAAAAUAGGUUGUGGAUGGGUAUUCCAGCAUGACAAUGACCCAAAACAUACGGCCAAGGCAACAAAGGAGUGGCUCAAGAAGAAGCAAAUUAAGGUCCUGGAGUGGCCUAGCCAGUCUCCAAACCUUAAUCCCAUAGAAAAUCUGUGGAGGGAGCUGAAGGUUCGAGUUGCCAAACGUCAGCCUCGAAACCUUAAUGACUUGGAGAAGAUCUGCAAAGAGGAGUGGGACAAAAUUCCUCCUGAGAUGUGUGCAAACCUGGUGGCCAACUACAAGAAACGUCUGAGCUCUGUGAUUGCCAACAAGGGUUUUGCCACCAAGUAUUUGCAGAGGGGUCAAAUACUUAUUUCUCUCAUUAAAAUGCAAAUCAAUUUAUAACAUUUUUGACAUGCGUUUUUGUUCAAAUAAACCUACCAUUAAAAUUAUAGACUGAUCAUGUCUUUGUCAGUGGACAAAUGUACAAAAUCAGCAGGGGAUCAAAUACUUUUUUCCCUCACUGUACAUGGUCAGUUCCAUACCAUAUUAACAAUGUGCAGGGAUACUGGUGAGAUGGAGGUAGAUAUGUAUAGGGGUAAGGUGACUAUAUACAGGGUCAGUUCCAUACCAUAUUUACAAUGUGCAGGGAUACUGGAGAGAUGGAGGUAGAUAUGUAUAGGGGUAAGGUGACUAUAUACAGGGUCAGUUCCAAUACCAUAUUUACAAUGUGCAGGGAUACUGGAGUGAUGGAGGUAGAUAUGUAUAGGGGUAAGGGGACUAGGGAACAGGAUAUAAGAUAAACAGAGUAGCAGCAGCUUGUAUGUGAGUGUGUGUGUGUAGAGUCAGUAUAAAUGUAUGUUAUGUGUGAGUGAUCAGAUGAUGGAGUGAGUGUGUGUGUGUAGUGUGUAGGGCCCUGUGCGUGUGCAUAGAGACAGUACAAAGAUAAAAGGGCAAUAAAGAUACAAGGUUAACUCAGAUAGUCCAUGUAGCUAUUUAUCACUUUUAUUGCUUGGGGAUAGAUUAGAUUAAGUGACUCAAAUGCCAAUUUACAUCCAACUGGAAUCCAAUUUGAAAACCAUUAAUAAAUACAUAUAUAGAAAUAUUUAAUUUAUUAUGAUUGUCUACCAAGCUCUCGUUCCUUGCUGUUCUCUCAUAAAAGUUUUUGCUCUGUCAUAAUAUAUAUCGUAUUGUCAUAAACCUUUUCAACGGUCAGUGUGCGAACAUCGGCCCAGCGGACUAUAACUACGACGAGACCAUCAGCACGCUGCGUUACGCCAACCGGGCCAAGAACAUUAAGAACAAAGCCCGGAUCAAUGAGGACCCCAAGGAUGCCCUGCUACGGCAGUUCCAGAAGGAGAUAGAAGAGCUUAAGAAGAAACUCCAAGAAGGUUAGUUAGUGUUCCACUCUAUUAAUGCUAUCUUAUUGAGACAGGAGUUGUAAUAUGACAAACACACUUCUGCGUUCAAGUUAGGAUUGGGUCCAAAGACUAAGGGCCGGUUUCCUGUUUCCUUGUCUUAGACUGAAAAGCAUGCUUCAUGGAGAAUAGUUCUAGUAAACUUGAGCUAAGGCUUUAAGGAGAGUUAACCUGAGCUAAGGGUUUAAGGAGAGUUAACCUGAGCUAAGGGUUUAAGGAGAGUUAACCUGAGCUAAGGGUUUAAGGAGGGUUAACCUGAGCUAAGGCUUUAAGGAGAGUUAACCUGAGCUAAGGGUUUAAGGAGAAUUUAACCUGAGCUAAGGCUUUAAGGAGAGUUAACCUGAGCUAAGGGUUUAAGGAGAGUUAACCUGAGCUAAGGGUUUAAGGAGAGUUUCUGAACUAAAUUUUGUUGUGUUCUGCUGUUCCAGGGGAAGAGAUCUCAGGGUCGGAGGGCAGUGGAUCAGAAGAGAUGGAUGAAGGAGAUGACGAGGGAAGAGAAGGAGGAAGGAAACGGAGAGGUAAGGGGCCCUGUUCUCCCUGUCUCCCAACAGGAUUGUGCGAAUGGUACUUUGGCUCCUUAUGAAGGGCACUAGGUUUCUAUGAAGUGUACUUGGCUUUGGUCAAAAGUAGUCCACGAUAUAGGGAAUAGGAUGCUAUUUGGGAUGCAGUAGAGGACUGCUCCCCUGUCCCAAUAUCCCCCAAUGCUUUUUAAAACUGAAUAUAUGAAUAAAAUAUGUUUCAGAGAACAUAUAUACAGAGAAGAGUUGGGUUUGUUUAUGGAAACUCUGCUUCCAGCACUGCAGGAGAAAGAUGCACUUUAAUGCACUCUAACACAACAGGGGGAAAAAGCUGAUGCAUGAAUUCUUGCACACACACACAUUAAAAUUUUAGCCAUUUGUUGUUGAUGCUAUCAUCAAAGGCUUGUCCCGUCAGCGAGAUGUUUGACAUGAUUACUAGUGUGGGCUUAUUUCCUGAUGACUAAAAUGAGUCUGCAUCCCCUUUUCUAAAUAAUCACACUAAAAGUACCUAGAAGACGUGUAGAGAGAGAGAGACCCAUGGCAUCUGCUCUUUAGGUUAGGUAGAAGGUGGAAAGGGUAAGAGAACAUGAAUCUGUUAAACAUUUACCGUGAUUGCUGUGUUAAUAUGGAGGAAUGAAAAAUAAUCUAUAUUUUGUCUACGUGGUAUACGACUAAGCUGACAUUUUGACUCAAUAAAAGCAUUACAUUUGACACAGAGGUAGAUGCAUUUACCCUGAAAAUAUAUAGAUAUGGAGCCACGCCAGAUUUGGCCCCUAGGGUGCGUGGCAUCCACUAUAACUCCAAAAUAACUCAACAAUUUUAAAUACAGUGCUUUCAGAAAGUAUUCACAACCCUGGACUUAUUCCAAAUUUUGUUAUGUUACAGCCUGAAUUCAAAAUGGAUUAAAUUGAUGUUUUUCUCUAACCCAUCUACACACAAUACCCCAUAAUGACAAAGUGAAAACAUGUUUUUAGAAAUUUUUGCAAAUGUAUUGAAAAUGAAAUACAGAAAUAUCUCAUUUACAUAAGUAUUCACACCCAUGAGUCAAUAGUUUGUAGAAGCACCGUUGGCCGUGAUUACAGCUGUGUCUUUCUGGGUAAGUCUCUAAGAGCUUUGCACACCUGGAUUGUACAGUAUUUGCCCAUUUUAUUAUUUUCUAAAUUCUUCAAGCUCUGUCAAAUAUGAAAUUGAUCAUUGCUAGACAACCAUUUUCAUGUCUUGCCAUAGAUUUUCAAGCAGAUUUAAGUCAAAACUGUAACUCAGCCACUCAGGAACAUUCACUGUCUUCUUGGUAAGCAACUCCAGUGUAGAUUUGACCUUGUGUUUUAGGUUAUUGUCCCACUGAAAGGUGAAUUCAUCUCCCAGUGUUUGGUGGAAAGCAGACUGAACCAGGUUUUCCUCUAGGAUUUUGCCUGUGCUAAACUCCAUUCCGUUAAUCUUUUUAUCCUGAAAAACUCCCCAAUCCUUAACGAUUACAAGCAUAACGAUUACGUAUAACAUGAUGCAGCCACCACUAUGCUUGAAAAUAUGGAGAGUGGUACUCAGUAAUGUGUUGUAUUGGAUUUGCCCCAAACAUAACACUUUAUAUUCAGGACAAAAGGUUAAUUGCUUUGCCACAUUUUUUGCAGUAUUACUUUAGUGCGUUGUUGCAAACAGGAAGCAUGUUUUGGAAUAUUUUUGUUCUGUACAGGCUUCCUUCUCUUCACUCAGUCAAUUAGGUUAGUAUUGUGGAGUAACUACAAUGUUGUUGAUCCAUCCUCAGUUUUCUCCUAUCAGAGCCAUUAAAGAGCCACGUAACUGUUUUAAAGUCACCAUUGGCCUCAUUGUGAAAUCCCUGAGCGGUUUCCUUCCUUUCCUGCAACUGAGUUAGGAAGGACUUUGUAGUGACUCCAUCACUCUCCUUCUUGGAGGUGUGUUGGGUCAUUGUCCUAUGGAAAAACAAAUGAUAGUCCCACUAAGCCCAAACCAGAUGGGAUGGCGUAUCACUGCAGAAUGCUGUGGUAGCCAUGCUGGUAAAGUGUGCCUUGAAUUCUACAUAAAUCACACUGUGUCACCAGCAAAGCACCAUAACACCUCCUCCUCCAUGCUUUACGGUACUAUACAUGCGGAGAUCAUCUGUUCACCCACACCGCGUCUCACAAAGACACAGCGGUUUGAACCAAAAAUCUCCAAUUUGGUCCCCAGACCAAAGGACAAAUUUCCACCGGUUUAAUGUCCAUUGCUCAUGUUUCUUGGCGCAUGAAGGUCUCUUCUUCUUAUUGGUGUCCUUUAGUAGUGGUUUCUUUGCAGCAAUUUGACCAUGAAGGCCUGAUUCACACUCCUCUGAACAGUUGAUGUUGAGCUCUGUCUGUGACUUGAACUCUGUGAAGCAUUUAUUUGGGCUGCAAUCUCUGAGGCUGGUAACUCUAAUGAACUUAUCGUCUGCAGCAGAGGUAACUCUGGGUCUUCCAUUCCUGUGGUGGUCCUCAUGAGAGCCAGUUUCAUCAUAGCGCUUGAUGGUUUUUGCGACUGCACUUGCAGAAACUUUGAAAUGUUCCAUAUUGACUGACCUUCAUGUCUUAAAGUAAUAAUGGACUGUAAUUUCUCUUUGAUUAUUUGAGCUGUUCUUGCCAUAAUAUGGACUUGGUCUUUUACCAAAUAGAGUUAUCUUCUGUAUACCCCCCCUACCUUGUCACAACACAACUGAUUGGCUCAAAUGCAUUAAGAAGGAAAGAGAUUCCACAAAUUAACUUUUAACAAGGUACACCUGUUAAUUGAAAUGCAUUCCAGGUGAAUACCUCAUGAAUCUGGUUGAGAGAAUGCCAAGAGUGUGCAAAGCUGUCAUCAAGGCAAAGGGUGGCUAUUUGAAGAAUCUCAAAUAUAAAAUAUAUUUUGAUUUGUUUAACACGUUUUUGGUUACUACAUUAUUCCAUAUGUAUUAUUUCAUAGUUUUGAUGUCUUCACUAUUAUUCUACAAUGUAGAAAAUAGUAAAAAUAAAGAAAAACCCUUGAAUGAGUAGGUGUGUCCAAACUUCUGACUGGUACUGCACAUACUGGCCCUGAUAUCAAGUGCUUUGGCUAACUCCUCAUAGUAUUGUUGACCAGACGUUAUCUAAAGCAUGUAUACCUCAGGAUCAGGCUAACCAACUACCCCCUCCUAAUGUUAACCUCCCCUGCCUGCCUGCCCUGCCAAUCCUAUAGAUAUAAGGACACAGCCUUCCCCUGCCAGUCCUAUAGAUACAGUGGGGGAAAAAAGUAUUUAGUCAGCCACCAAUUGUGCAAGUUCUCCCACUUAAAAAGAUGAGAGGCCUGUAAUUUUCAUCAUAGGUACACGUCAACUAUGACAGACAAAGUAAGGGGAAAAAAUCCAGAAAAUCACAUUGUAGGAUUUUUAAUGAAUUUAUUUGCAAAUUAUGGUGGAAAAUAAGUAUUUGGUCAAUAACAAAAGUUUCUCAAUACUUUGUUAUAUACCCUUUGUUGGCAAUGACACAGGUCAAACGUUUUCUGUAAGUCUUCACAAGGUUUUCACACACUGUUGCUGGUAUUUUGGCCCAUUCCUCCAUGCAUAUCUCCUCUAGAGCAGUGAUGUUUUGGGGCUGUCGCUGGGCAACAUGGACUUUCAACUCCCUCCAAAGAUUUUCUAUGGGGUUGAGAUCUGGAGACUGGCUAGGCCACUCCAGGACCUUGAAAUGCUUCUUACGAAGCCACUCCUUCGUUGGCCGGGCGGUGUGUUUGGGAUCAUUGUCAUGCUGAAAGACCCAGCCACGUUUCAUCUUCAAUGCCUUUGCUGAUGGAAGGCCCCAUUCAUUAUUUCCUUUACACGGAUCAGUCGUCCUGGUCCCUUUGCAGAAAAACAGCCCCAAAGUAUGAUGUUUCCACCCCCAUGCUUCACAGUAGGUAUGGUGUUCUUUGGAUGCAACUCAGCAUUCUUUGUCCUCCAAACACGACGAGUUGAGUUUUUACCAAAAAGUUCUAUAUAGCAUUCUCCCAAUCCUCUUCUGAGAGCUGGGACCAAAGUAACAAAGCCUACCAUCAGUAACACACUACGCCGCCAGGGACUCAAAUCCUGCCGUGCCAGACGUGUCCCCCUGCUUAAGCCAGUACAUGUCCAGGCCCGUCUGAAGUUUGCUAGAAUGCAUUUGGAUGAUCCAGAAGAGUAUUGGGAGAAUGUCAUAUGGUCAGAUGAAACCAAAAAUAUAACUUUUUGGUAAAAACUCAACACGUCGUGUUUGGAGGACAAAGAAUGCUGAGUUGCAUCCAAAGAACACCAUACCUACUGUGAAGCAUGGGGGUGGAAACAUCAUGCUUUGGGCUGUUUUUCUGCAAAGGGACCAGGACGACUGAUCCGUGUAAAGGAAAGAAUGAAUGGGGCCUUCCAUCAGCAAAGGCAUUGAAGAUGAGACGUGGCUGGGUCUUUCAGCAUGACAAUGAUCCCAAACACAUCGCCCGGGCAAUGAAGGAGUGGCUUCGUAAGAAGCAUUUCAAGGUCCUGGAGUGGCCUAGCCAGUCUCCAGAUCUCAACCCCAUAGAAAAUCUUUGGAGGGAGUUGAAAGUCUGUGUUGCCCAGCGACAGCCCCAAAACAUCACUGCUCUAGAGGAGAUCUGCAUGGAGGAAUGGGCCAAAAUACCAGCAACAGUAUGUGAAAACCUUGUGAAGACUUACAGAAAACGUUUGACCUGUGUCAUUGCCAACAAAGGGUAUAUAACAAAGUAUUGAGAAACUUUUGUUAUUGACCAAAUACUUAUUUUCCACCAUAAUUUGCGAAUAAAUUCAUUAAAAUUCCUACAAUGUAAUUUUCAGGAUUUUUUUUUUCUCAUAUUGUCUGUCAUAGUUGACGUGUACCUAUGAUGAAAAUUACAGGCCUCUCUCAUCUUUUUAAGUGGGAGAACUUGCACAAUUGGUGGCUGACUAAAUACUUUUUUUUCCCCCACUGUAACUGUCUUGUCUGUUUUUAUAAUCAGUUUGUUUCUUAAAGACGUACAACAGGGUUUUGGUUGGAAACGUUUAAGAGGGACAAGGUUGGGGUCACAGGGCUUUGGUUGGAAACGUUUAGGAGGGACAAGGUUGGGGUCAAACAGGGCUUUGGUUGGAAACAUUUAGGAGGGACAAGGUUGGGGUCACAGGGCUUUGGUUGGAAACGUUUAAGAAGGACAAGGUUGGGGUCACAGGGCUUUGGUUGGAAACGUUUAAGAGGGACAAGGUUGGGGUCACAGGGCUUUGGUAGGAAACGUUUAGGAGGGACAAGGUUGGGGUCACAGGGCUUUGGUUGGAAACGUUUAAGAGGGACAAGGUUGGGGUCACAGGGCUUUGGUUGGAAACGUUUAAGAGGGACAAGGUUGGGGUCACAGGGCUUUGGUUGGAAACGUUUAGGAGGGACAAGGUUGGGGUCACAGGGCUUUGGUUGGAAACGUUUAGGAGGGACAAGGUUGGGGUCAAACAGGGCUUUGGUUGGAAACGUUUAGGAGGGACAAGGUUGGGGUCAUACAGGGUUUUGGAAAACAACAUUCAUUUUCAUCUCCAUUGUGUCAUUUAUCAAAAGACACAUUGAUCUAUUUCCUGUUUUAUGUCACUCCUAUCAUGCUGAUCCUGUUGCUCUCUAUAUCUCUCUCUAUUUAUGUCUUUCUGUUUCUCUCUCUCGUUCUGUCUCUCCUCCCUCUGUCUCCCUCUCUGUCUCCCUCUGUCUGUCUCUCUCUCUCUGUGUCUCUCUUUCUGUCUGUGUGUAUGUGCCUCCUCUCUGUAGAAUCUAUAAGACUGUUCCAGGUCACUGUGUAAUAUCUUCUUUCUCCUCCUGGUGCAAAAUGCUUCCUGUUUGACUCUGGCUCGCUAUACUUAAUACAAGAAGAAAGAGGUUGGUGCCAGAACAUCCUCUAUAGAUAAAUAACUCCCAUACGGUGCAUUCGGAAAGUAUUCAGACCCUUGACCUUUUCCACAUUUUGUUACGUUACAGCCUUUUUCUAAAAUGGAUUAAAUAAAUACAAAUCCUCAGCAAUCUACACACAAUAUCCCAUAAUGACAAAGCGAAAACAGGUUUUUAGAAAUAUUAGCAAAUCUAUAAAAACAAACAGAAAUACCUUAUUUACAUAAGUAUUCAGACCCUUCGCAAUGAGACUCGAAAUUGAGCUCAGGUGCAUCCUGUUUCCAUUGAUCAUCCUUGAGAUGUUUCUACAACUUGAUUGGAGUCCACCUGUGGUCAAUUCAGUUGAUUGGACAUGAUUUGGAAAGGCACACACCUGUCUAUAUAAGGUCCCACAGUUGACAGUGCAUGUCAGAGCAAAAACCAAGCCAUGAGGUCGAAGGAAUUGUCCGUAGAGCUCCGAGACAGGAUUGUGUCGAGGCACAGAUCUGGGGAAGGGUACCAAAAAAUAUCUGCAGCAUUGAAGGUCCCCAAGAACACAGUGACCUCCAUCAUGCUGUAAUCGCCGCCAAAGGUGCUUCAACAAAGUACUGAGUAAAGGGUCUGAGUACUUAAGUAAAUGUGAUAUUUCAUUUAUUUAUUUAUUUAUUUUAUUAGCAGGAAAUUCUAAAAUCCUGUUUUUGUUUGUCAUUAUGGGGUAUUGUGUGUAGGUUGAUGAAAAAAAAAGAAAAAAACUUAAUCAAUUUUAGAAUAAAGCGGUAACGUAACAAAAUGGGGAGAAAAAGUUAUGUGGUCGGAAUACUUCCCGAAGGCACUGUAUAAGCUGCUUCCCCAACUGACCACAAUCAAUAAUGGCUGUGUUCCAAACUCUACCCUAUUCCCUAUGUAGUUGGCCCUGGUCAAAAUUAGUGCACAAAAUAGGUACUAGGGUACCAUUUGAGAUACAGCCAAUGUCUCUAGUCUGGUCCUGGAUCUGUAUGUGCCCAGGCAACUUCUUUACUCUGGUCGUCAGACAGAUCUGGGACCAGGUUAUAAUUGCAAUGUCUUUCAGUGAACUAAUACUAAUAUAAUUUAAUUUAAUUGACUAACUAAUUUUAAAGCUAACAAAAAAAUGGCAACAGAGUUAAAUCUACGGUUGAGUCAGUCAGGAUGAAGGUUCUCGCUAUUCUACUGUCUGUCAUGGGCGUCCUCAUCAGUCACGUCUUCACGUCUGUAACUCUGAGAGAGAGAGAGAGCCUUGUGCUCAUUGUGACAUAUGAAUAUCUGAAGAGGAAAUAACUGUCUUGAGCUUCACUGUAGAAGGCCUGAGGCCAGCACUCUGUCUAGAAACAGGUCUCAAAUGGCACCCUAUUCCCUAUAUAGUGCACUACUUUUGACCAGGGCUCAUAGAGCUCUGGUCAAGUGUAGUGCACUAUAUAGGGAAAUGGGGUGCUAGUUGGGACAUACAGAGGUCUUUAAAAUCACCCUUCAACAUCCUGCUCUUGAUCUAAUGAAUAUUUUCUCCUGAAAGUACUGACUGGUGUCUCAUCAAGGAGCUAGUUCAUACAGUUGUUGCUGUUUUUUACUGUAGCUACUAUCUAACACCUUGAGAGUGUAUUAAAUCUAAUAUUUUACUAAUUGACCGUUGUAAUAUGAUGUGCUGUCUUAGCCUGGUCCAAGGUCUGUUUGUGCAUGGUUUGACAAUAAUAUAAUAAUAUAAUAUGCCAUUUAGCAGACGCUUUUAUCCAAAUGACCAUAGGCGUUGGCAAGACAGCAGACAAACUGAUCUGGGUCCAGGCUAGUGCUGCCUAAGCAAACCUACGAAUCAGACUGGGUUGGGUGUAGGGUGAAGUUGCCCCCUAGACUCAGAUCUUGGAUCAGUUUUGCAUUUUCUAAUGGUUAAGGUUAGAAUUGAGGGAUGGAUGGGAAGCUGAUCCUAGAUCUGCAUUCUGCGGCAUAGGGGAAACUUCACCCCUGAGCCGGUGGGUUGAAGUAGUAGGAAGGAUCUAAAGAAUGACAUGGCAUUAAGAAACGUCCAUGAUGGCUGUGGCCUAGGGGAUGGCUCUAUGAGUCAAAUAAAUGAUGAUCACUAUUAUUAUUAUUAUUAUUAUUAAAGGGAAGAAGAAAGUUUCUCCUGACAAGAUGGUGGAGAUGCAGGCGAAGAUCGAGGAAGAGAGGAAGGAGCUAGAAGCCAAGCUGGACAUGGAGGAGGAGGAGAGGAACAAGGCCAGGGCAGAACUGGAGAAGAGAGAGAAGGACCUGCUCAAAGCACAGUGAGGACAGUCUGGGGUUGCAAAAUUCCAGAAACAUUCCCCAAAUUCCCAAGUUUGAAGAAUAAUCUACUGCUUUGAAAUAUUAUCUAACGCUAGCCCCCCCCUACCCCUAGAUACUUUUGGAUGCCCUCUUGUAGAUCGGAGAAAUCUAGAAGGCUAUAAGCAAAAUGGCAGAAAGUACACCCAGCCUACUAAAGGUAUUUUCAGAUCUGCUGACCCCUGACCUCUAUCCUCCUCCCCCCAGGCAGGAGCACCACCUGCUGCUGGAGAAGUUGUCAGCCCUGGAGAAGAAGGUGAUCGUAGGAGGAGUGGACCUCCUGGCCAAGGCUGAGGAGCAGGAGAAACUACUGCAGGAGUCUAACAAUGAGUUAGAGGAGAGACGCAGGAGGGCUGAGCAGCUCCGCAGAGAGCUAGAGGAGAAGGAGGUAUAUAACCUCACACAUAAUAUCACAAUGCCUUCAGAAAGUAUUCACUUUUUCCAAAUUUUUGUUGUGUUACAGCCUGAAUUUUAUGAUGGAUUAAAUUGAGAUUUUGUGUCACUGGCCUACACACAAUACCCCAUAAUGUUGAAGUGGAAUAAUGUUAUGUUUUUCGAAAAUUCAGGCUGUAACACAACAAAAUGUGGAAAAGGCAAGGGGUGUGAAUACUUUCCGAAAGCACUGUACAUCUCUAUAUGGAGGUAAUACUAUCAACUCAAAGCAGCGCUGCAGAGAACUGGAUGAGAUGGAGUUAUAUCACAGAAUAUUAUAUAAUCUAGAGUACAUUGUAGGGGAGGGGUAACCACGCUAACUCCUAGUUCAGACAACUGAAGAGCUGUAAGACAUGCAGUUGAAGUCUAAAGUUUACAUACACUUAGGUUGGAGUCAUUAAAACUUGUUUUUCAACCACUCCACAAAUUUCAUGUUAACAAACUAUAGUUUUGGCAAGUCUGUUAGGACAUCUACUUUGUGCAUGACACAAGUAAUUUUUCCAACAAUUGUUUACAGACCGAUUAUUUCACUUAUAAUUCACUGGAUCACAAUUCCAGUGGUUCAGAAGUUUACAUACACUAAGUUGACUGUGCCUUUUUAAACAGCUUGGAAAAUUCCAGAAAAUUAUGUCAUGGCUUUAGAAGCUUCUGAUAGGCUAAUUGACAUAAUCUGAGUCAAUUGGAGGUAUUUCAAGGCCUACCUUCAAACUCAGCUUGAUAUCAUGGGAAAAUCAAAAGAAAUCAGCCAAGACAAAAACUUGUAGACCUCCACAAGUCUGCUUCAUCCUUGGGAGCAAUUCCCAAAUGCCUAAAGGUACCACGUUCAUCUGUACAAAGAAUAGUACGCAAGUAUAAACACCAUGGGACCACGCAGCCAUCAUACCGCUCAGGAAGGAGACGCGUUCUGGCUCCUAGAGAUUAACGUACUUUGGUGCGAAAAGUGCAAAUCAAUCCCAGAACAACAGCAAAGGACCUUGUGAAGAUGCUGGAGGAAACAGGUACAAAAUAAUAUAUAUCCACAGUAAAACAAGCCCUAUAUCGACAUAACCUGAAGGGCCGCUCAGCAAGGAAGAAGCCACUGCUCCAAAACCGCCAUAAAAAAAGCCAGACUACGGUUUGCAACUGCAUAUGGGGACAAAGAUCGUACUUUUUGCAGAAAUGUCCUCUGGUCUGAUUAAACAAAAAUAGAACUGUUUGGCCAUAAUGACUAUCGUUAUGUUUGGAGGGAAAAGGGGGUGGCUUGCAAGCCGAAGAACACCAUCCCAACCGUGAAGCACGGGGGUGGCAGCGUCAUUCUUUGGGGGUGCUUUGCUGCAGGAGGGACUGGUCCACUUCACAAAAUAGAUGGCAUCAUGAGGAAGGAAAAUGAUGUGGAUAUAUUGAAGCAACAUCUCAAGACAUCAGUCAGGAAGUUAAAGCUUGGUCACAAAUGGGUCUUCCAAAUGGACAAUGACCCCAAGCAUACUUCCAAAGUUUUGGCAAAAUAGCUUAAGGACAACAAAGUCAAAUGUAUUGGAGUGGCCAUCACAAAGCCCUGACCUCAAUCCUAUAGAACAUUUGUGGGAAGAACUGGAAAAUAACAUGUGCGAGCAAGGAGGCCUGCAAACCUGACUCCGUUACACCAGCUCUGUCAGGAGGAAUGGGCCAAAAUUCACCCAACUUAUUGUGGGAAGCUUGUGGAAGGCUACCCGAAACGUUUGACCCAAGUUAAACAAUUUAAAGGCAAUGCUACCAAAUACUAAUUGAGUGUAUGUAAACUUCUGACCCACUGGGAAUGUGAUGAAAGAAAUAAAAGCUGAAAUAAAUCAUUCUCUCUACUAUUAUUCUGACAUUUCACAUUCUUAAAAUAAAGUGGUGAUCCUAACUGACCUAAGACAGUGAAUUCUUACUAGGAUUAAAUGUCAGGAAUUGUGAAAAACGUGUAUUUGGCUAAGGUGUAUGUAAAAUUCAGACUUCAACUGUAUUUUCUCAGUGGUUACCUCCCCUUCCUUAUCCUGCCGCAUUGCAGUCAUUUCUGCAUUAGAAUACUCACUCACCUCCACACUUCCUGUCUAUCUGAGUGGAGCGGGGAUAAUGAUCACUGAUAAGUGGCGCUGUGGAGAUGUGAUAGAUUGGUGAGACGGCACCGAAAGGAAAAGGAUAUGACAUCAUCAUCAUCAUGCCCAGCAUAUUGGAUACCGAAAUGAGUCAUAACGUAAAAAACAACUGUGGCAUGUCCAAAUGGCACCCUAUUCCCUACAUAGUGCACUACUUUUGAAAAGAGCCCUAUGCCAAGGGGGGGGGCAAUAUUUGUUGUUGUUGUUGAAAGAUGAGUACAUUUAUUUAUUGGUUAUCUUCAUUUUGAUGAGACAUUAAUGUUAUUUGUUGAUCUGAAAAUCAACAUUUACCGAUUUUGAAGGUUUUAAUUAGAUUUUGGGUGGGGUGGGGUGUGGAUGGCAGAAUUUCUGGUGAAAAAGUUUGAAUACCGUCUUAAAGGUCCACUAAGUCAAACCAGUCAGAACCUUGCUAGUUCAGAUCAGGUGCCUGCUUUGCUUUCCUCAGUCUGAAAAUGGCAAUGGCAUCUGUCGAUGAGCAGAGGAAUUGAACAUAAUAAAAAUCUGCAAACUGACUUUGGUCAAAAGUAGUGCACUACAUAGGGAAUAGAUUUUCAUUUGAGACAGCCAAAUAACUCCAUCUUGUUGCCAGAGAAGACCACAAUGGGGGAAAAUAUAUAAUUAAUAUGACGUUAAAUAGUGGUGAGGUUUCCCAUUUAAUGAUUUAAAUGAAAUCCCAAACUCCCUGCCUUGUUUUGUGACGUCCAUGCAGGCGGAGCGUCUGGACAUUGAGGAGAAGUACACCAGUCUGCAGGAGGAGGCUCAGGGGAAGACCAAGAAGCUGAAGAAAGUCUGGACCAUGCUGAUGGCUGCUAAGUCAGAGGUAAGAAUGUCCAAGUCCUACAGGGUUCUGGUGAAAACUAGUGCACUAUAUAGUGAAUAGGAUGCAUCCCAAGUCGGUUAAAACACAGGACUGGGGCCUUGUUGGGCGGCAGGUAGCCUGGCGGGUUGGAGCAUUGGACCAGUAACCGAAAGGUUGCUGGAUUGAAUCCCUGAGCUGACAAGGUAAAAAAUAUGUUGUUCUGCCCCUGAGCAAGGAAGUUGACCCACUGUUCCCCGGGUGACGAUGACGUGGAUGUCGAUUAAGGCAGCCCCCCCCCACUCUCUGAUUCAGAGGGGUUGGGUUAAAUACGGAAGACACAUUUCAGUUGAAUGCAUUCAGAUGUACAACUGAUUAGGUGUCCCUCUCCCUUGUUGUGUUGAUACCUCAUUAACACACGGCAUUGCUUAAUUUAUUCAAUUAACACAUAGCAUUGGUUCUGUGGUUGUUGAGAGGUUGUUGUUGUUGUGUUGUCAGAUGGCCGACCUGCAGCAGGAGCAUCACCGGGAGAUCGAGGGCCUGCUGGAGAAUAUCCGCCACCUCAGCAGAGAGCUACGACUGCAGAUGCUCAUCAUAGACAACUUCAUCCCACAGGAAUACCAGGUGUGUGUGUGUGUGUGUGUGUGUGUGUGUGUGUAGGUGUGUGACGACUUCAUGUCUGUCUGUCUACAUGUUGUAAACGUGUGUGUGUGUGUGUGUGUGUGUGUGUGUGUGGUAUGUACAGUGAGGGGAAAAAAGUAUUUGAUCCCCUGCUGAUUUUGUACGUUUGCCCACUGACAAAGAAAUGAUCAGUCUAUAAUUUUAAUGGUAGGUUUAUUUGAUAAUAAUUUUGUACGUUUGCCCACUGACAAAGAAAUGAUAAGUCUAUAAUUUUAAUGGUAGGUUUAUUUGAACAGUGAGAGACAGAAUAACAACAAAAAAAUCCAGAAAGACGCAUGUCAAAAAUGUUAGAAAUUGAUUUGCAUUUUAAUGAGGGAAAUAAAUAUUCGACCCCCUCUCAAUCAGAAAGAUUUCUGGCUCCCAGGUGUCUUUUAUACAGGUAACGAGCUGAUAUUAGGAGCACACUCUUAAAGGGAGUGCUCCUAAUCUCAGCUUGUUACCUGUAUAAAAUACACCUGUCCACAAAAGCAAUCAAUCAAUCUGAUUCCAAACUCUCCACCAUGGCCAAGACCAAAGAGCUCUCCAAGGAUGUCAGGGACAAGAUUGUAGACCUACACAAGGCUGGAAUGGGCUACAAGACCAUCGCCAAGCAGCUUGGUGAGAAGGUGACAACAGUUGGUGCGAUUUAUCCGCAAAUGGAAGAAACACAAAAUAACUGUCAAUCUCCCUCGGCCUGGGGCUCCAUGCAAGAUCUUACCUCGUGGAGUUGCAAUGAUCAUGAGAACGGUGAGGAAUCAGCCCAGAACUACGCGGGAGGAUCUUGUCAAUGAUCUCAAGGCAGCUGGGACCAUAGUCACCAAGAAAACAAUUGGUAACACACUACGCCGUGAAGGACUGAAAUCCUGCAGCGCCCACAAGGUCCCCCUCCUCAAGAAAGCACAUAUACAGGCCCGUCUGAAGUUUGCCAAUGAACAUCUGAAUGAUUCAGAGGAGAACUGGGUGAAAGUGUUGUGGUCAGAUGAGACCAAAAUCGAGCUCUUUGGCAUCAACUCAACUCGCCAUGUUUGGAGGAAGAGGAAUGCUGCCUAUGACCCCAAGAACACCAUCCUCACCGUCAAACAUGGAGGUGGAAACACUAUGCUUUGGGGGUGUUUUUCUGCUAAGGGGACAGGACAACUUCACCACAUCAAAGGGAUGAUGGACGGGGCCAUGUACCGUCAAAUCUUGGGUGAGAACCUCCUUCCCUCAACCAGGGCAUUGAAAAUGGGUUGUGGAUGGGUAUUCCAGCAUGACAAUGACCCAAAACACACGGCCAAGGCAACAAAGGAGUGGCUCAAGAAGAAGCACAUUAAGGUCCUGGAGUGGCCUAGCCAGUCUCCAGACCUUAAUCCCAUAGAAAAUCUGUGGAGGGAGCUGAAGGUUCGAGUUGCCAAACGUCAGGCUCAAAACCUUAAUGACUUGGAGAAGAUCUGCAAAGAGGAGUGGGACAAAAUCCCUCCUGAGAUGUGUGCAAACCUGGUGGCCAACUACAAGAAACGUCUGACCUCUGUGAUUGCCAACAAGGGUUUUUCCAUCAAGUACUAAGUCAAGUAUUUGCAGAGGGGUCAAAUACUUAUUUCCCUCAUUAAAAUGCUAAUCAAUGUAUAACAUUUUUGACAUGCGUUUUUCUGGAUUUUUAAAAAAGUUAUUCUGUCUCUCACUGUUCAAAUAAACCUACCGUUAAAAUUAUAGACUGAUCAUGUCUUUGUCAGUCGGCAAACGUGCAAAAUCAGCAGGGGAUCAAAUACUUUUUUCCCCUCACUGUAUGUAUGUUUGUGUGUGUGUCCAUCCAUUUAUUGUUUGUGUGAGAGCGUAUUUAGUUAGCACUGAUGCUAAUAUGGUUCCUGCUUCUCCCUGUCUGGUCCAGGAGAUGAUUGAGAACUACGUGCACUGGAAUGAGGACAUUGGGGAAUGGCAGCUGGUGAGUUCUGCAUACAGCCACAGUGAAAUAUUUAGCCUGAGAGUAAUUAGGCUAAGGGGAGGGAGUUUCUUCGUUAACAUAGACAGUACAGAGCCACAUUGGUGUGAUUGCCUCAUGCUGCUGACAUUGUUUCCAUGUUUACUUGUUCCUCCUCAGAAAUGUGUAGCGUACACCGGUAACAACAUGAGGAAACAGACCCCCGUGCCGGACAAGAAAGAGAAAGAUGUGAGUUCUUAGUUCAAGCCUACGUAAGACGUUGUUAACACGAAGAAGACAAACACAGCAUAGUGAAUCUGGAUAAUAUUAUUUUACCCUCUUUCUCUUCCUCCACCACCCCCCAUCUCUUCUCUCAUCCCUCUCUCUUCUCCCCACCCCACCCCUCUCCCAUCUCGCUCUCCAUCCCUCUCUCCGCGCUCGGCCGCACCACCCCCCAUCAUUCUCCACGCUCUCCAUCGCCCGCGACCACCGUCCACUCUCUCUCUCCUUUCCUCUCAGCCGCCACCACCAUCUCGCGCGCCAGCGCUGUCUCCACCCGCGCUCUCAAGCAGCCGCCUCCCACCCCGCUCCUCCACCGCUGCCGCCCCAGCCGCGUCUCCCCACCACCUCACCGCGCGCCAGCCCUCCCCAGCCCGCGCGCCCCCCCUACACUCGCUACUCGCCCCACCCGCGGCUCGCCACCACUCCCUCUCGCCAGCGCCAGCCCUCCCCACACCGCCGCCCAGUCGCUCGCUCCACCCUGCGUCGCCCCACCCCCCUCAGGCGCCAGUCCCCGCCCUGCGCGGCGCCCCCCCCCCAGCCGCUCUCCUCGCGCCCCCCACCCGCCCCCACCCCAUCCCCCUCCCCUCUCGUCCACCCCCCACCCGCCCCCUCCCGUCCGUCUCCCAAACCGCCCCGCACCCUCCCACCUCCUCCACCAUCCCCGCCCCCCUCUCGCUCCCACCAGCCUCGCAUCGUCCCCCCCCUUACUCCUCACCCCCCCCGCGCGCCUCCCCUCUCCUCCCAUCCCGCUCCCGCCCCCACCCCGCCUCCCACCCCCUCUCGCGGCCUGCUCCCCGCGCCGCCCUCCCCUGCGCACCUCGCCCCAUCCGCUCCCACCUCCCCCAAUCCCGCCCCCCUCGCCACCCCCUCCCCCGCCCCGCUCCCCAACCCCACCCCGCGCCACGCCCCCACUCCUCUCCGCACCCCUCCACCCCCCCCCAGGCCGUCUCCCACCACCCCUCUCUCUCCUCCAUCCCCCCUCCGUCGCCCACCACCCUCCUCGCUCGCCUGCCACCACCCUCGCUCUCCCGCCCGUCCCCACCCCCCUCCUCUCUCUCGCCCACCCUCUCCCCGCGCCACCUCCUCUCCCGUCCCACCACCCCUCCAUCCCGCUCUACUCUCUCUCCUCCGCUCCAUCCCCUCCCUCACCCCCCACCCCUCUAGCCCUCUCUCCUCCCAUCCCUCGCCCGCCCCCCCCACCACCCGGUCUCUCCACCUCUCUCUCGUCCAUCCGGCGCUCCACCCGCUCGUCUCCCACCCCGUCUCCAUCUCCCCCACCUCCUCGUCCAUCCUCUCCCUCCAUCACUCGCGAGCCCCACCCCUCUCUAUCUCCGCUCAUCCCUCAAUCCUUCUCCUCCUCCACCACCCAGCCAUCUCCUCCACCCUUCUCUUCCUCCACCACCCUCGCUCCAUCUCUCUCUCCACGCGCAUCCCUCUCUCUCCAUCCCUCCUCUUCCCCAACCCUCUCUCCAUCUCUCUCCAUCACUCUUCUACGUCCCCACCACCACCUCGCUCCCAUCCUCUCUCCCCAAUCCCUAUCUCCUCCUCCACCCCCUCUCUCCCUCCCUCUCUCUUCCUCCACCACCCUCUCUCCAUCUCUCUCUCCAUCUCUCUCCAUCCCUCUCUCUUCCUCCACCACCCUCUCUCCAUCUCUCUCUCCAUCCCUCUCUCCUUCCUCUCUUCCCUCAGCCGUUUGAGGUGGACCUGUCCCAUGUGUACUUGGCCUACACAGAGGAGAGUAUGAGACAGUCACUGAUGAAGCUGGAGAGGCCCAGGACCUCCAAGAGCGGUAGGCCCAAGACUGGACGAAGGUAAACCAUCGCCACCGUCUGUCUCCCAGUACAUGAUUAUCCACCAUGAAUAAUAUUAUUAAAUCUAACCAUUAGAAUACAAAUACAAAUUAUAAUGACAAUAACAACCAUAGUAAUAUUUAAUUUCUGAAUAAAUGUCCUAUUAUAGCGAGGACUAUAAAGUCUAUCUGAAGUAAUGGUUUUCUAUAUAAUAAUGUAACACUUCAUCAGGUGUAUGUCCCAUGGUGAAAUGUUACUGUAAAAGCUGUUAUCACCCUGUUCUGAGAAAUACUACAUAUUAUGAUCAGAUAUAUGCUGCUUUCUGGUCGAUCUUAAUGUCACUUCCCUAGAAGCAUAAGAAAUAUAUACUGUACACUGAGUGUACAAAACAUUAGGAACACCUUCCUAAUAUUGAAUACCCUUUUGCCUUCUGAACAGCCUCAAUUCGUCAGAUGGACUCUACAAGGUAGAUUCUGGCCCAUGUUAAUGCUUCCCACAGUUGUGUCAAGUUGGCUGGAUGUCCUUUGGGUGGUGGACCAUUCUUGAUACACGCAGGAAACUGUUGAGCGUGAAAAACCCAGCAGCGUUGCAGUUCUUGACACAAACUGGUACUCCUACUGCCAUAGGCCGUUCAAAGGCGCUUAAAUAUUUUGUCUUGCCCAUUCACUCUCUGAAUGGCACAUAUUCACAAUCCAUGUCUCAAUUGUCUCAAGGCUUUAAAAUAGUUAUUUAACCUGUCUCCUCCCCUUCAUCUACACUGAUUUGAAGUGGAUUUAACUGGUGACAUCAAUAAGGGGUCAUAGCUUUCACCUGAAUUCACCUGGUCAGUCUUUGUCAUGGAAAGAGCAGGUGUUCUUAAUGGUUUGUAUAUUAACCCCAUGAUCAUCUCACCUGUGUCUCAAAUGGCACCCUAUUCCCUAUUGGCCCAGGUUAAAAGUAGUGCACUAUAUAGGGAGAAUGUUGCCAUUUGUGAUACAGCUCUCCUCUUAUCUCCUGACAGGAAAAGAUCAGCGAAGCCCGAGGCUGUGAUGGAAUCCCUGCUGCAGUGAGAGAGACAGGGAGAGAGCCAAUCAGGGCUGGAGCCCCAUGUACUGCAAUGAAUCUACACUACUAUACCUUAGGAUCAACGACAGCAGUCAGUCAAUAGUCGAGCCUGAAGAUCUUUAUUGUUGAUUGUCUUAAUACACUGUAUAGCCGAAAUAAGGUUUUAAAUGUGAAGGGAGGAGAGGAAACGUUGGUUGGUUGGUUGGUUGGUCAGGGAGAGAGCAGGCAGCAGAAACUGUACUGUAGGAUUUAGGGGUCGUCCCAAAUGGCACCCUAUAGGGAAUAGGGUGCCGUUUGGACCUGGCCCUUAUACUGGGGGUUAAUGUUCAAGUCAAGGGGACCUUGUAUAAUAAUAAACGGAGGCUUGUUGAGGAUAGUCAGCUUACUAUUGAGUCUUAAUGUAUCAAUCGAGCACAGUUCAGGGGGCAACACAUUAUCUCCCAAAUGGCACCCUAUUCCCUAUAUAGUGCACUACUUUUGACCAGGGCUCAUAGGGUGUCCCAACAGGGCUCUGGUUAAAAGUAGUGCACUAAAUAGGGAAUAGGGUGCCAUUUGAGAUGCAGAUAGUAGUCUAUGAUGAGCACAAGCCAUGGUUUUUGAACAUGUCUUAAAUCUGCCAAGACGAAGACAACAACUCCAACACUCAACAACAACAACGGUCUGCUGUUUGAGAUGAAGACGCCACCACUUCUAUUGGCAGGAUGUAAUUGAUACAUCUGACGCCCUUCAACACAGUCAACAAAAAAAAAAAAACGAUUCCAGAAAUGAUUCAUAUCCACAGGUCAUAAUACCCUUAUUUCAAGGAUCAUACUUAUGGAAGUGUAUUGCUUUAAACUUAGUUUCCUUCUUUGUGUCUGAAGAGUAGGACGUGCAUGCCAUACCGGUUCUAUAGACGGGUUCGCAAAUAUGGUGCAAAUUGCAUUUAGUCUCCAAUGUUUAUUGAAAACACAUACAUUUGCACAGUGAGCACUAGUCUCUAAAAUACAUCCUUACAGUUGUUGGUUUGCUAGCAAAUUUUAGAAUGGACGUGACAUCAGUCAAAACAAGACAUGGUAUUAAUAACAAGAUACAAUGAGCUGAAACCAGCCUCCUACGAUUCCUCACAUGGUAGCUUCUCGUCAUUACUGCUAGCGAACUGACUGUUCAGAAUCAUAACGCCACACUGACUUCUGCCUUAUCGACGCGCGCAUCAUUUUCGUGACGUUGUCAGCUAACCCGUUAAUAUAGUAGUGCCAUUCGCCCAUGAAACACUAACUAAGCCAUUUAUUACGCUUGUAUUUCCUCCUCCUCAUGUCAUCGUUUAUGGUGUAUUGUAGUGGAAGCAAAGUGUCUUUAUUUUGGAUUAUACUGUCUGUCAAAUGUUUACAUCUACUGAGCCCUCCCGUAUCUCUUAAUAAUUUAUUAAAUUAUUGGACAUGUUUAAUCUCACUCUUUCUUGGUCCUUUUUCAACAUCUCUUUUUGUUUAUUUCAGACUUUUAUUUUGAUUUGUAUGGUUGCCAUGUGUGGCAUGUUUUAAGAUUAGAAUCAGGCAAGGUUUCUUCCUCUCUAGGUUUCUUCCUCUCUAGGUUUAUUCCUGUCUUCUAGGGAGGUUUUUUUCUAACCACUGUGCUUCUGCAUUGCUUGCUCUCUGGGGUUUUAGGCUGGGUAUCUGUAAAGCACUUUGUGACAACUGCUGAUGUAAAAAAGGGCUUUAUAAAAUAAAUGUGAAUGAUUGAUUGAUGCUAUAACGCCAUGGCACUGCCAAGAAUUUGCCUUGUUCCACGAUUUGCCUGGUGGUCCCCACACAUGAAACAGUAUAAUGUUAAUGAUUGUGUUUUACCAGUGCUUUAGUGUGGAGACUGCAAGAUAUUUCAGUGAUUCCACAUGAUAAAAUGUAGUUUGAGGCUAGAGUCAGGAAUAGGUAAAGUCUAGAAAGUCUUUGGUGCAGUAGUACUGCACAGGUGUUAAGAUCAACACACUUCAACAAUAAACCACAUUUAGAAAAAUAUUUUUUUGCCACUUACAAGUUAAUUUAUUCAUAAAUAGUAAAAUAAAUAAAUGUAAUACAUUUAAAUUCAAUAAAUAAUAAUAUGAGGUACUGGACUAUGCAGAGUUGACAGGGUUUCCAUCAGUUCCCUCAGCAAACUGCUGGGGUCGUUUGUGAUGAGCGGCAGGGUGGUGACGGGAGUAGAUGACCUGGGCACAGUUGUAGAGGUUUGUCAGGAGAUCGUGGAGCUGUUCCUCAUCAUCAUUCUCCUUCACAGUACAUUUGCUUGGAUGAAACUGGGGAGAGAACAGAGAACAUUCCACUUAGAACCAUAG